AGCCGGCCGAAAUCCUCCACAUGCAAGGCCACUUAGUACUGCGGUUCUACCACAACCAGCCCAAUGCCAUCCGAAACCCAAGACUCUCCGACUGUCUACGGCUUGUCAGUCACGCCACUAACGCAAUGCGCCCAUUGGCACUCCGCACUCGACAUCAUCGCCAUCAAGCAUUUUUGCUGCGAGAAGUUUUACGCGUGCAUUAGUUGUCACAAUGCAUGUGAGUCUCAUAAAUCUGAUGUCUGGCCUUGCUCGCGAAGAGAUGAGAGCGCGGUGCUUUGCGGACAGUGCAAGCAUGUUUUGAGUGUCACCGAGUACAUGGAUAGUGGGAGCAAAUGCACACAAUGCGGAAGCGCAUUCAAUCCUGGUUGCAGAAACCACUGGGAGCUAUACUUUGAGCUCGAGGGGAAACCGUAACAACGCAUAGUAAAGUCCAAUGCAGGAGCGUGCGAUAUUCACGCAACAGCCAGUCGAGCGCUAAUUGGACCAUGUGCUUUGCGACCGGGGAUAGCUUCUUGAGGCACAGUUAC